UUUAUAGGUCCUAUGACCAUGUAAUAAUAAAGGGAAGGGCGGAGCUGGGGAUGUAGGGACCCCCAUUAUUGCAAGCCGCAAACAAUGUCCUUUCCCAAGCAUAAUCAUGUUCAUUUUCAUCAAGUCCAUCAAGUGCAUCAUGUCUGGCUAGUGAAAGAAAUGUGCUUUUUGCCAUUAUGAACUACGAAGACAGGUCGUACGUAACAUUAUAAAUUAUAAGCCUAAUCAAAUACCCCCCGGGCAAAAUGUUCCGAGUACCGUUCAGAGUUUGAAGAUUUCUCUGCGACUCCUUAAUUUUUUCACUGAUUUACUCCAAGAUUCAUUUUUUCAUGCACAUCUUUCGCUGUUAUGAUGUUAUGUUAAAUUUGAAGGUCACAUGCCACACGUAUUCUGACUGAAUUCCCUAAACGAAGAGAUAUUUGAAACUCCAAAUAUUUUGUUCCAUAUUUCAUUUACCUAACGUACACAAUUAUUUCGCUUUAUGGUUUGUUUUCUCUAAUAUACCAUAAAUGUUGUUGUUUUCUGAGAGAGGAAUCCCUUGCAGACUCGCCUCUAUUAAUCUCUAGAUCUAUGCCUACAUGUAUAUUAUGUUUAUUUGACUUCAUUUGUAUUAUAGAAGGUCACAAUCAUGUCCAAAAAGAAGCUUCACAAUCCCAUGAAUUUCUUCCAAGACAAUCGCGGAGUAAAUCAGCAAAGAGCACUGGAUACGGCGCUCGUUAAUAGUUGUUUAGCUGGAGAUGAUGACGCCGCGAUAGACCUUUUACAGAAGGGUGCCUCCCCGGAAGGAGAGGCGUAUGCGAUGACACAAAUAGCGAGUGGAGAGAACUUCAAGCGGCCCUUGAUGGCUGCAGUCAUGAACGGUCACAAGAAAAUUGCACAGAUAUUGUUAGAAAAUGGAGCUGAUCCAUGUGGUGUGAACAGAUACCAUGUCCAAGCCCUUCAUCUUGCGGCUCAUUUUGGUCACAGAGACUGUGUUACUCUACUCCUCGAUGCUGGAGCAAAUGCGAAUGCUGAGACUUCAGAUUUCAACAAACCAGGAGUCUACAAAAAGCCGUUUCGAGGAGGGACCACACCGUUACACAUGGCAGCCAAGCUGAACCGUAGUGGCUGUAUUGAAGAGUUGGUACAACGAGGCAAUGCUGAUCUCAGCCAGAAAGAUAUAAUAGGAAUGAAUUGUCUAAAUACAGCAUGUCAACUCGGCCAUGAAGAGAGUAUUCUCACUAUUCUUAGAAUAUCCCAAGAAAAAAAGAUAGCAGCUAGAUCAUCAAUGGGAACAGGGAAUAGUCCGCUUCAUGACUGCGUUCGAUGUGGCCUUGUAGUAGCCACAAAGGCUUUGUUAGACUAUGGAGUAGACGUCAACCAAACCACUCCAACAGGUUAUACACCGCUUCACUUUGCUAUGAUACAGACCAGUGCUAUCGGGCCUGAGCUCAUCAAAACACUUGUACUGCACGGCAGAGAUGUGGAUGUUAAUGUACCAAACAGAGCAGGACUGAGGCCUCUCCAUCUAGUGGCUUUCAAGACUGACGGAGGAGAACACUUUCAUCAUAUACACACGAUUGAGUACCACAUGUCACGUGAUCAUAUCACCCUCGACCCUGGCCGACCUCGUCAUGACCCUGAACUGACCUGCUUCUUGAUUCAGUACGGUGCAGACUUUAACAUUGAGUAUCACGGUGUGUCGUUGCUUCAGCAGGAGAUCUAUACCAAGGAGGAUGAUGAUGAUGUCAUCUUGGAAACUAUCCUUCGAGCUACAAACUCCUUUGAGAUACCAAGUAACCCUAAUCCAAGGGAUAGUCAAAUGACGAGAGUUUCAGAGAAGUUGAGCAUGCUGCAGACUCUGUUCUGCAACCCUAGAUCACUGCAGCAUCUUUGCCGUCUUCACAUCAGGAGACUCCUCAAGACACCGUGUCUCAAUAGAGCGCAAGAACUUGCUCUUCCAGACAGUCUCAAAGAUUAUGUUCUCUUGAAAUGCUGAACAAGGUGCAAGUCUGUCAUAGUGGUCAGAGAAACACUUCUUUGAACUUUAAGAAUUUAGAUUAUUAUGGUAUAAUAAGUUAACGCAACGACUUAUUAAUGGAGGAACAUUUUUGAACAGACUGAAAGGGCAAUCCAAACUUACAAGCAAACAACUCUAAAAGAAAGCAGAAAAAUCAGAGAAGCAGGCGGGUGAAAGUUUGAACAUAAUCUGAAGCAAUUAUAAAGUUGGAAAUUUGUUAAAACUGUAAUCACUGUAGGUAUGUGAACUUCAAAUUUAAUGAGUUGUUCAUGUCUAAUGUCACUGUGACGUAGUUCCGGACAACUUUCCGUUAUUGUUUCAACACACAAAUUGACUAAAAUGUCAUUUUUCAAAAUAACAUAUACAUAUCUGGAGGGUCUUUAUUCUUCAGAGGAACUAUAAUAAUGCAUUACCGGGGUAUCCAUAAUAUAUUUUUAGGCCAGAAGAAGAAUGCACUUGGGAGAAAAUCUGAAAUUUAUGAUAUUUUUGUACACA